AUGUUUAGCGAUAGCAAUAACAGCAAGGGCAAAACUCAGCCCUUGUUGCUUCCUGAUUUCCCUUCCUCUUAUAAUAGAAAGCAGCAAAGAACUCGGCUGUUAUUGACGGUGUCCGCAUUGGCCUUUUUUGGUUCUAGUUGUGUCUAUCUUUCGCACCAUUUACCAGCCAUUGCACUGACCUCUAGCCCAGCAGAAGCACAAGGACUAUGGGACAGUACCAGCCAGGCCAAGGUCAUUUCUCCCGGAAUUUCGUUGAAUUCCUUUGAACAAGGUUUGGCCCAGUGUCAAGCGGUGGUAGAUAGAGACCAAGCCUAUACAAACAACACUCGAACCCGGCAUCGCAACCCUCGAGUAGCCCCUGAGGCCACUGAUAUCCUGAUUCGCAACGGUCACGUUUGGUUAGGCAACAGCUAUCUUGAAGAAGGUCAAGUCUACUUGAAGGAUGGAUUGAUUGCAGCUGUAGGUAAAGAUCUCAAGGUGCCCAAAGAUACGCGCAUCUUGGAUGCUGAAGGUCGCGUUGUUACACCUGGUAUCAUUGAUAUGCAUUCGCAUAUGACCGUAGAUUCGUUAGGGGGGUUAACUGCUUCAGAUGACACGAAUGAAAUGACUUCGCCCACCACACCUUACGUGCGUGUCAUUGAUGCCCUCAGCCCUACUGAUCCUGGCCUCAAGGUGGUUGCCAGUGGAGGUAUUACAACAUCGCUUAUCUUGCCUGGAUCUGGUAACUUGAUGGGUGGUGAGGCCGCUGUGAUCAAGCUUCGUCCUGUAUCGACACUUUCAAAUCAGGACAUGUUGAUUGGGGCCGGCGUAUCGGAGGAGGAUCAAGAGAUUGUUUGGCGUUACAUGAAGAUGGCUUGCGGUGAGAAUCCCAAAGGCUACUACGGUGCUGAGCUCCACAAGAUGCCCAUGACUCGUCUCGGUGAAAACUACUUGUUUAGACGCAAAUUUGAAGAGGCACGAAAUCUCAUGCACAAGCAAGACGACUGGUGUGAUGCUGCUACUCGCAUCCACAAAACCUUUCCUACCAACAAGCCUGUCGAUGAGUACAAGAUCACACGUCUCACAGAGAGCUAUCCUGAGGAUCUCGACUUGAAUAGCUUGGUAGCACUUUUACGAAAGCAGGUCAAUUUGAAUGUGCAUUGCUACUUGCCGCAAGACAUUGAAGCCAUGGUGCAUCAUUCACUCGAGUUUGGUUUUGAAAUUGCCGCCUUUCAUCAUGCAUUGAGUGCCUGGCAAGUGCCUGAUAUCAUCAAGCGAGCAAAGAACAACAUCACCAUUGCUACUUUUGCAGACAUGUGGGGAUACAAGGCAGAGGCUUGGGAUCAAAAUGUCCACGCACCAAAGAUCCUCGAUGCUGCGGGCAUCCCAGUUGCAUUCAAGAGUGAUCACCCAGUGACAAACGCUCGUGAUUUAAUGCACGAAGCACAGAAGGCUUAUCACUAUGGUUUUGAUCAACACAAGGCGCUGCAAGCACUGACAACUGUGCCAGCCGAUUCAUUGAAACUCGGUCACCGUAUUGGAAGUAUUGAGGUGGGAAAAGAUGCUGAUAUUGUCAUUUGGGAACGCCAUCCUCUGCGCUUGGGUGCUCGUCCAAAGCAUGUCAUUAUCGAUGGUGAACAGCUUGAUUUCAAGAAAUCAUGGGGAAAGAGUGUUACUGAGCAAGACACUGUGCUCAAGCAAAUGAUGGCAGCUGAAUCUACAAAGAAGGCAUCUACCGAAAAAGAAAGACACUACUUACCACCCUUUUCGCCCAAUGUCAUGCAUUUAGAAGAUCACGGUUUGGACAAUCCCGAGUCAUUCAACGAUGCCUGUACGAGUGGUGUUGAUUCGUUUGUGUUGAGAAACAUUAGCGAAAUCUACAUGAAUGCCAGCCAGACAUUGAGUGCCAGUGAAUUGGGUCAAGGGCUCUACAUCGUGGUGAAAGAAGGGCAGGUCGCUUGCAUUGGCAUUGACUGUGAUCGCGAUCAUGUAGAGUGGCCAAACUCGAGUCCUGUUUUCGAAAUGGGAGGUGCUAUUGUUAUACCAGGUAUCGUGUCUAUGGGCGUCCCUUUGGGCCUUUAUGAAAUUCAAGCAGAGGAAACAACACAAGAUGGUUAUGCCAAAAAUGAUGUUACUGAUGAUGGGUUGUACAAGAAGAUUGUGCGUGCUGUCGAUGGUCUUAAAUUCAAUGGUCAGCAUCUGCAAAAGGCAUACAAAGCAGGCGUUACUACUGCUAUAUCACAGCCUCAAGUUGGCUCUGAUUUACUUGCUGGCAUCUCUGUUGCUUUCCGCACAGGCGUAGAAAAUACAAUAUUGGACACCGUGGAUGCUUUGGUCAAGGAGGAGGCAGCCUUGAAUUUUGUAAUUGACCAUUCGGGAUCAAUGACAGUAUCUAAACAAAUUGCAACCAUUCGCGAUUUAUUGAUUUCCAACAUCAAAAAAGAUCCUUCUCAUAAUGUCUUUGCACGUGCUGCUCGAGGCUUGAUACCAGUGGUUGUUCAGGUGGACGACAAGGAUGAGAUUGCAUCAAUCCUUCUCAUCAAACAAUGGAUUUCCAAGGAACACAGCCACGAUGUCAAAUUUGUUAUUUUGGGCGGCGCUGAAUCGCAUCUCGUCGCUGACCAUUUGAGUCGACUGGACGUUCCUGUGGUAUUGAUGCCUGCUCGCUGUUUCCCUACAACAUGGCAAUCUCGCUUUUGUUUGACAGGUCCACCCGUGACACCUAGCACCGUGCUGGAUGUGCUCUUGAAACACCAAGUGCGUGUUGGACUGGGUAGCACUGAUGUGGAUAAUGGCGAUGCUCGUAAUCUGAUCUGGGAGGCUGGAUGGAACCUGGCACACAAUGCUGAUUUAACUGCGCAGGAGGCUGUUGGUUUGAUCACUUGGAAUCUAGCAGACAUCUUUGGUUUGAUCAAUGACGAUACUUUGAAUGGACCAGGUGUACUAAAGAAGGGUGGUAAAGCUGAUUUUGUUGCUUAUAAUAGCAAUCCUUUUGAAUUUGGAGCACGUGUAUUGAUGGUCAAUGGUGGUGGUCAUGAUGGACCCACUUGCUUCCCACAACAAGUAUAG